ACAUUACCUUGUACCUGUCCUAAGUCAGCCCAGAGCAGACAGAUAGAUCACAUCUCCGAUAUUACUCUUAAAAUUACUGCUUCCAGUGAUGCUUAGAAUUUCUGGCGGGUGUUUUAUCCCGGUAAAAGUAUAUAUUGCGUCUGAGUAACGAACAAUUUUGGUAAAUAACGUUAGCUUAAAGAAGACAAGAUUGGAGUUUGAUACUGUGGAUGGGAUUUCAACAGGAUUCGACCACAGAGUGCAAGACACUUGCUUGACGAGUGUUCAGUCUGUUAGAUGCACUCUUGUGAAGUGUGUGUGUGUUGUUCUGAGUGAAGGUGGGUUAGUCAGUGUUACACUAAGACAGUGAGGGUACUCUUGUCUACCUCUGAGUGAAGGUGGGUUAGUCAGUGUUACACUAACAAGCGUAUUAGUGGACGCUACUCUUGAUUAGAGUGGUGAUGGUGGUGUUUCGUUUAUCAGGAAACAGGACAAGUGUACUAUGAAACGAACCUUGGUGUUCUGUUCUCAGGAAGCAGGUGUGUUCCCUUAAUCAACCUGGUGGUGUUUUGUUUGUCAGGAACCUUAACAAGUGUCUCCUGGAGUGGGUCUGUGACACAUAAUGGCUCUCUCGCUACUUAAAUUUGCUCUAGCCUGCCCCAUCUACCGUCUUGACCCGAUUUAUACAGACUUGUUACCUAGUAAUGGGUAGCGAGGUUCUCAUACUGUAGGAUCUCGGGGCAUCAUGCCCAGGCUUGGAUUUCUUAGUUUUUUUAGUAGGGGUCAGCGGGGCAGGUCCAGUGGUGAUGGAGAGGGCAGCUGUAGUAAUAGUGACCAGUGCAGCAACAAUAGUGGUAAGCCCUGGGAUGCUACCCCGGAGCCAUCUACCCCUAGGACUCCUGCUAAGUAUAGAAGGAGUGGUCACUGGUCCCCGCCACAACCUAGACCUCUAGGCAGCCUAGAGAGGUCUAGCAGUCAUGAGAUGCCUAGGUCACUGACAGCUAGUGGGUCGUGGGACGAGACAGAACCUCCUAGCCCAGUGCUGACCCUCCCAAUGUGCGCUCCACUAGACAACAGACCACUAAGUGAUGGUGAAAUACACACUGCUGCGCGGGAACUGCGCCGGCGCAGCUCCCGAGAUGUUAUUAAGGAAGCAGUAACGAAGAUACUGGACGAUAAGAAGGCCAGGAGGGAGAGGUCAUGGAGAGUCAAGGAUAGGGAACGAGGAACGACCGUCAGGUCUAGAUAUUCUCUUCGUAAACGCCAUAAACUCAGGCUGGUCUCUACCCCUGACACGGAUGAUGACUCUAUUGACUUUAACUACCACACACGUCAACGCCACCAGUGGCGGGAGAGACUCAAAGUCAUGGGCUCUACUGAUGCAGAGUCUGACAGCUACACGGAGAGUAUAGCCGAUACUAGUCCAGUGCCAUCCCCAAGACCCAACAUCGCCAAGAGAGCGUCUAACUUCUUUCUAAAGUCCUUCAAGGCUAUGUCUGCCAACAUUCUUCUCAACAAGAAGUACAUACCCACGUACUAUCUGAGUGGCACGCACGAAAUGCCCGAACCCGAUCAGAUACUGAGCAGGUUGGGGCAUUCUCUGGAUUCCCAGCUGGAAUCUCGGCGGCCAUCAGUGACAGAACCUCGAUCCUUGUGUGUUGUGUGGGACCUGUCGCCUGAAGACGUUGCUCCUGUGCAGGAUACAAGCAGCAGUUCGCCUGCUACCACUGCUGAUACACUUCAGUCAUCCCCUGGUUGUCACCCACAUCCCUAUGGAGAUGAGGAUCAUAUAUAUGAGGAUCUAUGCUUCAAGAGUUCUGGCUCUACUGUUAAACCUCCUGAGGACACUUACGAGGAUUGUGGGGAUGGGUUCGCGGCUCAGCGAGAACAGCAAAGAUAUAGAUUGUCUCAGUGGUCAAGAGUUAUGCCUGCCUCAGCUCUUGUUACCUUGCAUGAGGGUAAGAGUGACCAGUGUGGCAGGCAGAAAGUGACUCUUGUGCCUCGGCAGCCUUCACCUUACCCAGCCAGGUGCAGGAGUUUCCAGUCUCCAGGACCUCGCUCUCGUUCCGACUCUCCACGACACAGGAAACGACUCUUUCUACCUGCACCACUGCCUCCACGACCACCCCUACAUGUUGCACCUCCACGACCUCCGGUACACCCUGGUUCUGCACUACCUCCAGUACACCCAGGCCCACCACUACACCCUGGUGCUUUACAGCCAUCACAACACCCUGAAGUAUCAUCACCACCACCACUGCCACCAGGAACCGUACUACCACCAUUAUCACCACAAUCUCCACACUCACAACUACUACAACGAUCGCUCCAAUCUGCAUCACCAGCAGAGGCUCCUGCUCACAACACCACAUUGUUAAAACCUCCACUACCACCUUUACCUACAAGAACCGCUGAAGUUAAAACCGCAAGUGGGAAACCCACUGAAGGUAUUCGCGACAUCGCCCACCGCAGGAAAGGUACAAGAGUUUCAUCGAUCUCCAUUCCACUGGGUGUUCAGUGCGAGGAACCAGAAGAGGCAACCCUUUCACCAACCCCUUCUUCACCCAUAUAUGCCCAGCCGUUUGCCUCAUCACCAGGAGAAGGGACACCCUCUUAUACUACCCCCUUCAGGGAUAUAUAUUCCCUUACACCGACUCUCUUAAGCCCGAGUGAGGCCAAAGAGGAGGUUGAGAGUGCACCUCUUUCCCUUCCUCCCCAGAACGUCUUCUUCGGACAGGACUUUAACGACGAAGGUAGUUAUUUGGUCAACAGUCCCCCUGCUGCGCAGAACUAUUACGAACCUCAUAGGGAUUCUGCGUACUUUUCCACGGACGAAGGUACUGAUGCACCCAACGUAGGCGACCACCAUAGGCCUCCGGAAGUGUUUUCAAAUCCGUCUUCACCUCCUUCAUCUAAGGCACUCCUGAAGAAGGCCAUUGAACACUCCUUUGUCGAUAGUCUUAACCGCCUGCCGGAGAUAGUGGCGUCUGAAGUGAACCGGCAAGUUCGCCAUUAUCUCAGCGCCUCUGAGAUCACGACAGAGAUACGCAAACAAAACACAGUAGAUUCCAGCGAUAACAUUCCAUCGACCCUCAACGCCUCCAGAAGCUUGUCGUGUUCACGACACAAUUUAGCGGGCGACGAGACCACGACAGGUGAGAAAGUGGACACAUACGAACGACCAGUACGCCCGUCGUUCCUAGAUUUGCAGACUCUUCACAGGAGAAAGCAUAGUUACAGCUGUCAGGACCUGCUAGGCGAGGAUAUGUUCCAGCCUGGGGUGUAUCCCUGCAGCAGACAGCCGCGCAUCAACACUGCCAUUUCCUUCGCAGACCUCAACCUUGCGGACCAACUUGUAGCCUCAAGAGGGCCAUUGGGUCUUUCAGACCACACAGCGUCCAUGCCCGCGCAUCUGCACCACCUGCCCUACAUACCGUGCCCCGGGUAUCAGUCAGUGCCUGAAGUCGAAGUGGAGGGCAUGCUCGUGGACCUGCCCCGCAAGCACCACCUGCCGCUUAAGGAAGCUCUGAAGCCUCUGUGUCGGGAGCUACGGAGGAGCCUACUGCUGAAGGAGGCUGAGGAGAGCCCAGCUGGUGCUCACAGUAAACAUCUGGUGCUUAAACUCAACGUUAAGCUGGACCAGGUGGAGGGAGACCUAAGUGAUUCCUCCAUGGAGUGGGAUUAUUUUGACCAGCGGAAUGGUAAGUCUUAGUGUUCCUCCAUGGAGUGGGACUAGCUACUACGUGGUCUGAACUGGGCAGUUCAGACCACGAAUAUCGUGACUUCCGAACAUAAAUGAAAGCCCAGUUAAUUCUCUCUAAACCUUUCUCUUGUACAAAUGUCAACAUACACGUCCCUAGUUGUCUGCCAUCUUCCAGGUACGGUGUCUGGUACAGUACUGUUGUCUGCCAUCUUCCAGGUACUGUGUCUGGUACAGUACUGUUAUCUGCCAUCUUCCAGGUACUGUGUCUGGUACAGUACUGUUGUCUACCAUCUUCCAGGUACUGUGUCUGGUACAGUACUGUUGUCUACCAUCUUCCAGGUACUGUGCCUGGUACAGUACUGUUGUCUGCCAUCUUCCAGGUACUGUGUCUGGUACAGUACUGCUGUCUACCAUCUUCCAGGUACUGUGUCUGGUACAGUACUGUUGUCUACCAUCUUCCAGGUACUGUGUCUGGUGGAGUACUGUUGUCUACCAUCUUCCAGGUACUGUGUCCGGUACAGUACUGUUGUCUACCAUCUUCCAGGUACUGUGUCCGGCACAAUACUGUUGUCUGCCAUCUUCCAGGUACUGUGUCUGGUACAGUACUGUUGUCUGCCAUCUUCCAGGUACUGUGUCUGGUACAGUACUGUUGUCUGCCAUCUUCCAGGUACUGUGUCUGGUACAGUACUGCUGUCUACCAUCUUCCAGGUACUGUGUCUGGUACAGUACUGUUGUCUACCAUCUUCCAGGUACUGUGGUACAGUACUGUUGUCUGCCAUCUUCCAGGUACUGUGUCUGGUACAGUACUGUUGUCUGCCAUCUUCCAGGUACUGUGUCUGGUAC